AUGAGCAAUCUGGAUAGAGUAAAACAAAGGUUGGAAGAAUCUCUAGAAAAACAUAAGAACAGAUUGUUAAAGACACGGCAGAAAAAAAAGAAAAACUUUUCAAUUGAUACUAAGGGGAUAAAGGUUUGUAACAAGACAAGUGAAGGAAGGAAUAAUGUUGGUUUUUCAAAAAUCAUACAUGUAUCUAAGGAGGAAGAUAUAAAAAGUACACAUAGAAAUGAUAAAGGAGGAGGUCUACAAGACAGAUUAAUCGAAAGAAUAAGAAAUGCAAAACUGCUACUUGUUAAUAAGAAAAAGGAAUCAAAUAUUAACCAGAUAAGUAAUUUAAAAAACAAGUUCAAUCAGAAGGCGAGUUCCUCAGUCCUCGCAAAUCGAAAAAUAAAACGUGCACUGUCAGGUCCGGGCGGUGUAAGCAACCAUCCCAUUAAGAGGAGCGUCUCUCGGGGUCCUCCAUGCGUGGCAGAUAAGGGGGUUAAAUCAGGAGAUGCAGUUGAUGAAGGAGAUGAUGCAGUUGAUGAAGGAGAUGAUGCAGACGAUGCAGACGAUGCAGUUGAUGAAGGAGAUGAUGCAGACGAGGCGGACGAUGCGGACGAUGCAGACUCGAAUGAACGGGGAGCCGCUGCUAGAGAAAGGAACCUCACCUCGGGGGUAGGUAAAAUGAAUGAGGAGAGAAUAAACACAAAACAUACUCAGGAGAACGGAAACUUUGACAAUGUGUCCAAGGAGGUUAGGGACAAUCUAAAUGAUCUGUUCAGAAAUUUUGUGAAUUGCAAAAUUAAUAAUUUGUAUGUUAUACAUGGAGAUAGGGGGAAAUUUUCGAAGGCCAAUUUUGUGGAAGAGGGAAAGGAUAUCAUGGUGUCACCUGGAAAAAUUCCACGCUCAGAUGCAGGGUGGGAUCUAGAACCCAAUGAAUACAUAAACAUGGAUGAAUCUAGAUUUGAUAAUCGUGUGAAAGUAAAUGAGGAAAAGGGAUCAAAAAUUAAAUAUUUGCAUUAUAGAAAGGAGCCGAACAUUUGCAAUGAAGAUGACGAGGAGGAAGAGAAAAGAACGGAAGACACAUGCAAUGAGACGUGUGAAUUUUUAGAGAUAUCUGAAAGAGUAGGGAAAGGCAUGAAAAGAAGUGUUGGAAGUGGAUUAGAAAAUGUGAAAAAUAGAGUAACACACAAAGGGGGUGAAGUUUUAGCAUGGCCAGCAGCAUCAACAGCAUCUUAUGAAGUUGAAAAUGGAACUUACAGCAGCAAUUUCAUAAAAUUAAUGGAAAUAAAAAAAAGCAUAAAAAAAAAAAUUAAAAAAUUUGAAAAAGAGAGAAAAAUGGUGAGAAAUGGGGAGAAAACCUUGCUUAAUUCGGAUACGUCAAACGAGGAAGAUAUUUAUGCUAGAAAUAUGUCGACAUUUAUAGAUAAUAAGUUGGAUGAUAAGAUGGAUGAUAAGAUGGAUAAGUUGGAUUUUUUAAAUCCUACUAGAAAUUCAAUUCACGCAAAGUCGGGGUCCUGCUUAGAUUCGAUUUCAAAUAUAAAUCAAGAAUUGCCAUCCACAGGGGAGAGUGUCGAAUUGUUUACAACACAGAAAAAUGUUUUUGUUUGUAAUUAUUAUAAGAAGAAAAGUAAGAAUGUGGUAAAACGGAAGAAAAGUAGACAUAUAGGAGAUCCUGACAAUUCUUCUAGGGAGGGAAAUGAAUUCUCGAUAGACAUUCAUUCGACUCAGACUUACAAUGGUCGAUCUUCUUCUGAUAGAUGGAAAUUGCUUCGACAUGUAAGGAGAAGAGAACAUACAACAGAUGAUAGUGACAUAGAGGACAGUGAUAUGGAGAAGUACGAAAUGCACCUACACAGUACAAGUACCUAUUCAGAGAGAACCCAAAAUAGACAUUUAAACUAUUUGUAUGAACAUGAGAAGAGAAGAAAAAUGUCCCAUUUGCUUAGAAUCAAACGGAAGGAAGAAAAAAUUGAGAAAGACAAUAGUAUCUACAUUCGAAAAAAAGCAAAUUUUUGUGAUAGAAACGAAGAGAUAUAUGACCAUGAUAAUGAAACUAUAUUGCCGUGUAGAAAUACACAAAUCUGUUGUGACAGAAGCAAAAGAGAGAAUCAUGAAGUAUUGAAUAGUGGAGGAGGGGUGCUAAACAGGAUCAAUAGUGUAGCAGAGAAAGUACCACAUAAUUUGAAUGAACUUAAGGAAUCUGGAGGACAUUCAAGAAAUACAAAAUAUGAAUUUAGUUGGUAUCCAUCUAAUUCAAGUUUCAUUCUAAGUAACAGCUUAUCGAAUAGAAAAGUAAGGGAAGUAUUAAAACAUUUACAAGGCAGGAAAAUUACUCAUGUUAGGAAGAGACAAAUGGAUGAAUGCGUGAAUGAGAAUAUGAAUGAUGAUGAGUUGUAUCCAAAUGGGAGUCAACUCCAAUUGGAUAACAUCUAUGAAAAGAAAGACACAUUUAAUUGUGUAAAUAAUAACACAUUUGGAGGGGUAAAUGAUAAAGAUAUAUUUACAAAUAAUACAAUGAAUAAAUCCAAGGGUGUAGGAAAUAUCUCAACGCAUGAAAGGAAUAUGUGCAGAAUAUAUUUUGAAGAGAAUAAGGAGAGAGGAGAAAAAGAAAAAAAAAAUAAAUUAUCUUCUUUUACUAUGGUGAAUUGUAAGGAUGGUUCCUCUUUGCAGAGUCGAGCCACAAGAACAUCGUUAUCAAUUAAUAGAUUACGAGACAUCCCAGGGAAAGAGAAGCAUAGAUAUAGAGUUGGAGUGCACAGGGGUAUUAUUUACAAUGUCGCAGAUGAGUGGAGCAAUCCUGACAAUCGUCAUCUUGGCAAUCGUGAUCCGGGUGUUAUUUGCCACCACGGCGAUAUUUGCCACCAUGGCGAUAUUUGCCAUCCCGGUGAGGAUAUUACAACAUCUCCUCGCACGUGUAUAAAAAAGAAUGCACCAUCUAGUAUGCAACAUCACGCAAAUAUGAAUAAGCAUCGAAUACACAAUGGUACACAAUCUAAAUGCUACAUAUGUUCAUUCCCAAUCCGUGGAAGUGAAGAAGAAUAUGUUUUAAAAAGGAAAAAAAAUCAUUCCAAUUUUGUUGAAAUGAAGGAAGAAAAAGAUAAGCAAGCGGAAUGCACAUCACAGAAAAUGCUAAAAAAAAAUGACCGCUCAUAUAAUCUGAACAAGUAUCAGACAAACAAUAUAAAGCAAGGGCGACAUCAUUAUGAUAGUACAAGACCACCAGUUCAACAUGAUUUGUGUUCUUCUAAUGGCAGAAUUACAAAAGAUGAGAUGGAUAAAUUAUUUUUAAAAAGUAUAUCCAGUAGAUACAUUUCCAAAUGGGAAGAAAAAAUUAAUGAUAAUUUGGAGACAAAAAAGCAAGGCAUAAACAAUGAAACUUUCACAAGGAUCAAACAUAUUGAAGAAAGUGAGAAACGAAGUAAUGAUAUUAUAAGAAGAUAUGUCAAAGGAAAGGAAGAAAAAAAAUCAAUGGAAGGACAUGAUCAAUCGAUAAACAACUCGUUCAGGAUUGGCUCCCCCGAUUGCAUGUAUAUAAAUAUAGACAAUGACAAUAACAAAGCGAAUGAAUCCGAGAAGAGAGAAGCAUACAUGUGGGAGGAGAAAUAUUUUCCCUCCAUAUGCAUCAAUAAUAAUCAGGAGGAAAAAAGGAAGAUACUUUCAAAUUAUUCAACCAAAGAACACUUAGGGUGUAAAGGUAGAGAAAGGAGUACCCAUUUGCUGAGUGUAGCGAAUGGUAGUGACGAUUACACAGAGGAAGACUAUAACACUAGGGUAUACAAGGAGAAGAGGGUGUGUGUCUCUGUCGAGAGGGAUCAGGAAGGAAUUCAUGAUGGCAUAGAGGAAAGCAUUGACAUGGGAAGAGGAACUCAUGAUGGCAUAGAGGAAAGCAUUGACGUGGGAAGAGGAACUUAUGAUGGCAUAGAAGGAAGUAUUGACGUGGGAAGAGGAACUUAUGAUGGCAUAGAAGGAAGUAUUGACGUGGGAAGAGGAACUUAUGAUGGCAUAGAAGGAAGUAUUGACGUGGGAAGAGGAACUUAUGAUGGCAUAGAAGGAAGUAUUGACGUGGGAAGAGGAACUUAUGAUGGCAUAGAAGGAAGUAUUGACGUGGGAAGAGGAACUUAUGAUGGCAUAGAAGGAAGUAUUGACAUGGGAAGAGGAACUUAUGAAGGCACGGAGAUUGAGAAAAACAGACAGAAGCAGGACAAGAAAGUGAAAACGCGAUUCUGGAAAAUUAGUGAAGGUGAUACAUUCGAUUUGCCAUUGGAGGGUGAGGGGGGAGAUGUCGAAAAAUUUCAGCAAAUAAAGGAAUUAUUGGGUUCUGAACAUUUAGAAAAAACACUAGACAUUGAAUGUAUAAAAGAAGAAGAGAAACAUAAAGGAGGAAUAAAAACAGGAGUGAAAUCAAAAAAAAAUCACACAGUGGUGACAAACAGCACCAUGUUAAAAAGAAUAAUAAAGACUAAAAUCGAGGACAUGAAGAGAGAAAAUGAAAGUAGAGGAUUUAAAUCUACCCACAGAGAGGUUAUUAUCAAUCGACCGAUGAGAAGAACAGGACAAAGGGAAACACAAGACAGAGAUUCAUUCGAAUAUGAACAUAAUUUAUGGAUGAAAAAAAAGGAUAAAAAUAGGGAAUAUAAAAUGGAAAAAAAUAGGGAAUAUAAAAUGGAAAAAAAUAGGGAAUAUAAAAUGGAAAAAAAUAGGGAAUAUAAAAUGGAAAAAAAUAGGCAACAGAGCAUGGUGAAAAAUUGCAUAAGUGAUGAUACAGAAAGUAUUCUCGAUGUGGAGAAUGCAACCAGUAGAAGAGGAAAUAAUGAAGCAUGCACUCGUAACAAAUUGUCUGAUCGGGCAGAAACCAUGCGCAUGGGGAAUUGUAUUAGAUCAUUUGGUGGUAGUUCCUUCGAGGGACCUGAGAACUGCGUAUCGCGUGGGAUUAGCAUGGGACGCACGAUUAGCACUCCACACAGGAUUGACGAGACGAAUAUAUAUUCUCCCAACAAAAGUAUGCACAGGAGGAGCAUAGAAAGAGAGUGCAUCCAGGGAAAACCUCCCCGAAUUGGCAUUGAGAAGAUGGAGAUUUCUUCCAUUCGAAGCAUGUGUAAUCCUAGAAAAGGGACACUGUUCGAUGGAAAGAUUGGGAGGAACCGCUUUGCAGGUGAAUGUAUAAAAAUGAAAGAAAUGCAAAAGGUGUAUUUAGACGAUACCAAUGUAGAGGUGUUGAAUUUUAACAAGUCUUAUUAUUGCAAUCUAAAAAAAAUUCAUAGUAAUGACGUAUAUCCUAAUUCGGAAGAACCAAUUAGUUUGUCUGAGAAAACAAAAUUAAUGAAAGCUUAUAUGAAGGAUUUAAAAAAAAACAAAAAAAAUUCCAAUAAUCACAUGUUGAAAUACAACAUUGAAUUUUUUAAGUUGGCUCACCUGAUGUGUCAAGACAAGAAUUUAUGUAACAAUUAUUUGGGUCUUAUGGGGCACAACAUAAAUGCGAAUAGCGAUGACACUGACAGAAUCGCCUUCUCCAUCGUCAAAUUGUUUAACCCCAAGUGA